UAGUCUCUUUAAUUGCAUAUACACACAUGCAUAUAAUAAAACACAACAAAAUAUUACGGCGACGGGACUAUUUAUUAUAUCCCCUUUCUCGGUUUGAAUGCUAACAUAAAAGCAUAUUGAAAUUUGUUUAUAAAACACGUAAAAACGAAGUAUUUUAUAAUGGCAGAAACUGUUUUAAGUUCCGGUGAAAAAACUUUCAUUCUCCAUGGAAUAGAUGCAGACUUUAGAAAUGAUGGUAGACGACGAUGCGAAUAUCGAUCAAUGGAAAUUGAAACUAAAUUAAUGCCACAAACACAUGGAUCAGCAAGAUUACGCAUAGGAAAUACGGAUAUACUUGUUGGCAUUAAAAUAGAACUUGAUGUACCUCACGCUGACAGACCAAAUGAAGGAAAAUUAGAAUUUUUUGUUGAUUGUUCUGCUACUGCAACUCCAGCAUUUGAAGGAAAAGGUGGUGAUGAUUUAGCAACUGAAAUAAGUAACAUUUUAACAGCUGCUUAUCAAACGCGUAAUGCUUUUGAUUUAAGAACAUUAUGUAUUUUACCUCAUAAGAAAUGUUGGAAAAUAUAUGUUGAUAUUUUGAUUCUUCAGUGUGGUGGCAAUCUUUUUGAUGCAGUAGGAAUUACAGUUAAGGCUGCAUUAAAUAGUACAGAAAUACCAAAAAUUACAGCUGCGACUCUGGAUGGUGGAGAACCAGAUAUUGAAUUAUCAGAUGAUGCUUAUGACUGCAUACAAUUAGAUACCAGCAAUUAUCCAAUUAUUGUUACACUGUGCAAAAUUGGUGAUAAUUAUAUCGUGGAUCCAACCUCGGAAGAAGAAGUAUGUAGUGCAAGUAGUAUUGUCAUGUCUGUAUUACCAAAUGGUAAAGUUUCAUCAGUGAUUAAGUUGGGUUAUGGGAGCAUUCAGUCUAAUACUUUUAUCAAAAUGUUGCAAUAUGUUUUCAGAUGGGUAAAAAUAUAGGAUUACAAUUAAAUAAAAGUCUUAUGAAAGCACUGAAAAAAGAAAGUCAACUAGGACAACGAAGACAAAUAUUAGGAUUUCUUAGAUAAAUAUUCGUAAUAAAUAUAAGUAUACCUUUAAUCCUAAAUAUAAUUUAAUUUUACGCAUAAAUGUAUUGAAUUGUUUGUCAUUCUUAUAUUUCAUGUCUUUUAAAUAGCUUUUUCUUUUUUAUAUGUAUUUUCAAUCUAUUAAAUCUGUACAAGUGAACAAUUUGUAAGUGAAAUAAACGAGACAUUUUAUUCAAAGAAAGAACAAUAAAUAAAAAAUUAUAAUAAAGAAACAUAAAACAUACAAUA